AUAUUCGUACCUGGAUACCAGGAACUACGGAUGCAGUACCAUCGAGCGUUUUUGUUUUGAACUUCAAUACAAGUAGCCAUGCAACCAACACGUCUUGGAGGACUUGUAUGUCUGGUAGGCAUCCUGUUAUGCGUUACAAUCGCCAAGGGUCAGGAUGAAGACAAUGGUGAUUGCGGAGCCGACAUUGUAAUUGCCAUAGAUACGUCAUGUAGUGUUAAGUAUUCGAACAAGAGAACAACACGUAAGUUUGUUGUCGACAUCGCCAGAAAAAUGAACAUCGGUGAUGGCCUUUCUCAGAUACAAAUAGGCGUGUUGACGUACAAUCAAGGCAUUACCCAUCAGUUCUAUAUGAAUGACGCCAAAACAAACAACGAAUUGGAAGAACUCGCCAAGAAUAUCACGUUAAAAGAAGUCGGUUGUUGGACACACACACACACGGCGUUAAGAGAAAUGCGCACGACAUAUUUCACUAAGGAACAUGGUGACCGGAAGUCUGCUCCAAAUAUUGGAAUACUCAUGACUGACGGCCUUACAGCUGAACGAGAAUACCAACCUGAUACUCAAAACGAGGCUGCGGCAGCCAGGGCAGCAGGAAUCGAAAUGUUUGCCAUUGGCUUGCCGAGCAGAGCGAAAGAUACAAAAGAGCAAGCGCUAGCCGAGUGGAGAGGAAUUGCUAGUAAACCGACAGAUCAACAUUUCUUUCGUAUGCAAUCAUUUGACAAGCUAACUUCAAUUCUGGAAGAUCUCACAGAAAAGUUAUGUGAAGUUGAACUGAAGUGUACGUCUUUUGAGUUCACGUGUGGGAACGGCAGUUGCAUCGACGCUGAAUUACACUGUAACGGAGAUGAUGACUGUGGGGAUGACUCGGAUGAGGUUAAUUGCACCACACCCACAACUGAGCCAUCAUCUACGGACAUACCAAUGUUACCAAAUAUUGUGUUGUAUGACGAUAUGGAUCAAGAGGAACUUGAACCAGCUUGCAACAAUGGCUCGUUUUCAUGUGAUAAUGAUACCAAGUGCAUCGAUCCGGAGUGGCAGUGUGACGAACUAUUUGAUUGUGACGACAAAACUGACGAGGCUAACUGUCCUUGUGCCCGGGACAUCGUUUUCGUUCUCGACACUUCUUGUAGUAUCAGCAUGGACGAUAAAUCAAAUGUCAAGAAGUUCGUUGGAGAGUUCGGCGAACUCUUCAAAAUCGGCCAAAAUGAUGACGAGACACAAAUAGCAGCGUUGACCUACAACGAUGGGACCGAAACUCAAUUCUUCCUCAACGACUCCAAGACGCAUGCUGAAUACGACGCAAAUGCCGCUAAAAUUAACUUAGACCCGAUUGGAUGUUUGACGAAAACGUAUGGCGCCUUGUGGAAGACGCGCACUGUUCAUUUUACGGAAACUCACGGAGACCGACCGGAAGUGCAUAACUCCGUUGUACUGAUUGGUGACGGGUUAACAGCGCCUAAUGGUAACUCAUGGCGCACAAUCAAACAGGCAAAACUGUUGAAGUCUGGAGGUGCAGAAGUGUUCAUGAUUCAAAUUACCCUAAGGAAGAAGUAUCAGAGCCCAAAAAAGGUAAAGAUUGCCGCAAAGGAGAGACAGGAAAUACCAAGUGAACCAAUUGAGGAGCACGUUUUUGAAAUGGACUUGGACGAUCCUGCUGCUGUUGAAAAUUUGAUUGGUGAACUGAAAAGCGCGAUUUGUUCUAACGCGUACUGGGAAGAAAGAUGAGUAUUGCUAAAACCAGGCACAGUUAGACAAAAUGAGGUCGCUGAGCUGACCUAUAGGUAUACCCAACGUAAUAUCCAGGAUGAAUGAGCAUUCAGCUAACAGUUGAUCAUCGUUCUCUCCAUCCCAUGAUUAAUAAAGUUUCAAUGUACAUACCGGAAUUUCUCGCCAAUAUUCCCAUGGACGUUCAUUUGACAUGUUUGAGACAUAACAUAACAUUACACAUAACAUGUAAUACCCUAUUUCGUUAUUGUGAUAAUUUGAUAACUGUAAUUAUACAUCCCGAUUUUUCUGAAAUAAGAACGCGAAGGAAAUAUCGGCGUGCUUGGUUGUAAGGGUAAGCCUCUAGAAAAUUCAGAUGCUAUCCAUUGUUGACAUUUUGAUAUAAUGUGUAUUGAGGAAUUAAAGAGAGAAUCAGAUCUAGC